ACAGUCUAUAGGAUAGAAGCCAUAGAGCUGGUUUGAGAGGCGGUAAAGUCCAGCCAGCAUCACUCAGGCGCUGAGAUUCAGAAUGAAUGAUUAACAUCACAAAAGCCUCUGCAUCUCCACACUGUAGAACAAAAGAGCCGGAUUCAUCUGCCGGUGUCACCGGCACUCUCUCGUGUCUUCCAUCGGAGAUCUCCAUCAAGGGCUGGGAGUGGCUGCUGUCUUUGUGAGAGGAGAGGAGAGGAGAGGAGAGGAGAGAGGCCACCGUUCACACCCUGAGAUGCUCUGCAGGCUGGAGGAGGAAGAGGAGAUGUCUCUACUGGAGCUACAGCAGAGGGUGGACUGUAUCAUCACCCAUGUUGAUGAGAUUAUGCAGCAGGAGAUCAGGCCGUUACUGGCGGUCGACGUAAUUGAACAACUUCACAGGCAGUUUGCUCUUCUUUCAGGAGGAAGAGGAAAAGACGGAUCUCCCAUCAUCACCUUCCCAGAGUUCUCAAGUUUUAAUGAGGUGUCAGAUGAGGAUUUUGUUAAUGUUGUCACAUACCUGAGCAGCAUACCAAGCAUGGAUGCCGCUAGCAUUGGCUUCAUCAUCAUCCUGGACCGCAGGAAGGACAAAUGGAACUCAGCAAUCACUUCUCUGACACGGAUAGCGGGCUCCUUUCCAGGAAAUCUCCAGCUUGUUCUGGUUCUGAAACCUUCACGUCUCCUCCAGAGGGCCAUCGCUGAUGUCAGUAUGAGGUUACAUAGGGAUGACUUCAAAUUGAAGGUACCGGUAAGCAUGCUUCUGUCUGUCUGGACCCUCAACAUGUCCGUUCAUUCGCCAUACGAUGCGCAUGGCUCGUCUGGAGCGUUUGUAACCAUGAUCACUUAUUCACUAAAUUAUUGGACCUCUCAAGCUCCAUCAGGUUGUAUGGGGAGCAUCGGUGCACAACUAUUUUCAGAUCUCUCCAGAGAUGUUCAAUCGGGUUCAAGUCUGGGCUCUGGCUGGGCCACUCAAGGACAUCUUGGCCGUGUGCUUAGGGUCAUUGUCCUGUUGGAAGAUGAACCUUCGCCCCAGUCUGAGGACCAGAGCGCUCUGGAGCAGGUUUUCAUCAAGGAUGUCUCUGCCAUUGAGAACUUUGCGUUAACCGUGAAGAGCACAGCACAGAUGCUGCAGCAGUUUGGAACUGACCUAGCAGAAACUGAACUUCCCAAUGACGUGCAGUGCACCAAAGACUUGCUCAUCACACACACCGAAAACCACGAUAAGCUCAAGGACGAGCUAAAAUUGGCUAUAAAGCAAGGAAAUACUCUAUUGUCUUGUAUCAAAGACCAGGCCAGCAAAACCGAGAGCCACAUUUUGAAUCCGGAUGAGGUAGAGAACCAAACAACUGUUGAGAGGUUGUUAGCGCAGCUCGAUGAGACGGAGAAUGCGUUUGAACAGUUCUGGUCGAGGCAUCACCUCAAAUUAGAGCAGUGCUUACAGUUACGGCACUUUGAGCAGGACUUCAGAGAGGUGAAAGUUUCUCUGGAUGGCCUGACGGAGACCUUGCUGGGCCUCUCUGACACCGGGGACUGUGUGGCUCGGGUGGAACAUCUACUGGGCGAUCUGAAAACCUUGGAGGACAAAGCUCAGGAGUCCUUGGAGAAAGCUCAGCUUCACGCUCAGCAUGGUGACCAGCUCAUUCAAAGUAACCACUACGCCGUGGACUCCAUUCGGCCGAAGUGUGUCGAACUGCGUCGGAUCUGUGAUGACUUCAGCAAUGAGGCCAAAAAGAAACGUGACAUUCUGACCAAAUCACUUGAAAUCCACAAACGCAUCGAUGAGGUAAACCAGUGGUGUGAGAGUGGAGUUUAUCUGUUGGCCUCUCAGGCUGUAGACAGAUGCCAGACCCAGGAAGGUGCAGAAGCAGCGCUGCAGGACAUCGAGGGGUACAUGAACACAGCCAAAGAGCAGCAGCUCAGUCACCUCAAAGACCUCAGCAACCAGUAUGAGAUCGUCAUCUCAGAGCUGGUCAAGAUCAAAGCUCAAACUGCUCUGAAAAGACUGGAUGACGUUCAAAAGAUGUUUGAGAAAAGACACGCGAGUCUGAAAAAGCUGUCUGCAAAGCAAACAAGGCCAGUGCAACCUGUUGCACCUCGACCAGAAUCUUCACCAAAACGCCCUUCACCUAAAAUCCCACAACCCACUGCACCUACAUCAAAUCGCAAAGCUACAGAAAACUUCAGCGCCAGUAAGCAGCCCAGUGACACAGAGUUGGCAAAAAGGAAGAAUAUUCGCAAAGCCAAAGGUGGCAUCAAGAUCGAAGUCAUGCAUGAAGGAGGGCAAGGGGGUUCGAGUCAUGUUCUCAUGAGCAAUGAAACAGAAGAGUCGCUUUCAAACAGACGCAGCCACAUAAUGAAUGAAUUGAUUGAGACGGAGAGGCUGUACGUGGAAGAGCUGCAGAGCAUUAUAGAGGGAUAUGCCGCCGCACUGAAUGACCCCGAGCUGUUCUACUUGAUCCCACCAUCUUUGGAAAACAAGAAGGAAGUCCUCUUCGGAAAUCUGCCUGAAAUCUACGAAUUUCACCAGAAUCUGGUAGACCACCUUGGACAAGCAACAAACCACCAGCUGUUCUUACCAUAUGAGCCAGACCCUCCCCCAAUAUGCUCCCACAUUCCUGACGAGGCUCUUGGACAACUGGGAUAUGCCGCCGCACUGAAUGACCCCGAGCUGUUCUACUUGAUCCCACCAUCUUUGGAAAACAAGAAGGAAGUCCUCUUCGGAAAUCUGCCUGAAAUCUACGAAUUUCACCAGAAGACAUUUCUCAAAGAGCUGGAAAAUUCUGCAGAAAAGCCGGAGUUAGUAGGAACAUGUUUUUUGAAGCGGAAGGAAGAGUUACAGAUUUAUGAGAAAUAUUGUCAGAAUAAACCGCGAUCUGAGGCUUUGUGGCGGCAGUGUGGGGACAGUAUGUUCUUUCAGGAGUGUCAGAAAAGGUUGGACCACAAGCUUUCAUUAGAUGCAUAUCUGCUAAAGCCUGUGCAGAGAAUCACUAAGUACCAACUGAUGUUAAAGGAGAUGCUGAAGUGCAGUAAGAACUCAGAGGGCACUGCUGAGCUGGAGGAAGCUCUGGCCACAAUGCUGGACAUCAUCAAAUCAGUCAAUGACUCCAUGCAUCAGAUCGCCAUUACGGGUUUUGAGGGCAAUCUGAAUGAUUUGGGAAAACUGCUCAUGCAGGGGUCGUUUAAUGUUUGGACAGACCAUAAGAAAGGUCACAGUAAAGUGAAGGACUUGGCGCGCUUCAAACCCAUGCAGAGACAUCUCUUCCUCUACCACAAAAUGCUUUUGUUCUGCAAGAAACGAGAGGAGACAUCUGAUGGUCAUGAGAAAUCCCCUUCCUACAGUUUCAAGCACUCAUUAAAGAUGAGCUCGGUGGGAAUCACAGAAAAUGUCAAGGGAGACAUCAAGAAGUUUGAAAUCUGGUACAAUGGCAGGGAGGAAGUUUACAUCGUUCAGGCCCCUUCGAUGGAAGUGAAGAACACGUGGGUGUCAGAGAUCCGCAAAGUCUUAACAAGCCAGCUGGAAGCCUGCCGAGAAGCCAGUCAACUCCAUCAGAAGAUUACAGAGAACAUCUACCAUGCUCCCAUGAGAAAUAUGCGCAAAACAGCUCUCCGGCAGUCUGACUCUUCCAGUCCAGAAACUGGCUACAGGCGUAGUGAUACAGGCCCAAAUAUGCGUCAUAAACGAGCUGACACAUCAGCCAGCCUCGGCUCAGAGCGAUCUGCUCUCGCUAGAAAGCGCUUCACCUUAUAUGGCCUGUCAAACCGCAGGUCUCUCCCCUCAGAACCCACGCCUAAGGAGACAGAGGUUACACGCCGCUUUUCUUUAGCCUCAACUGUCAGCUCCGCCUCUGCACCGCGCACUAAAGUUCCUCUCUCCUCUAGCCUUAAGAGCAAGAGGCAUCAGGUCAAGAGCGACCCUACACCAUUUGGCUAUGAAGACACCAUGCGAGGUGCACUUCCCGCUGAGAGCAAAAGUAAAGGUACUGCCGGUACCCAGCCCGCUGUUCCGAGGUCUGCGUCUCAGCCAGGAUGGAGUCAACGGCGUCUGCCAUCAAUGGACGCUGAGGAUUUUGAGACCAUUCCAUCAAGUGCAGAAGAACUCUCCAUUUCCUCCGAUGGAGAGGAUGAAGGACAAAACAAAAACGGGGAUAAUGAUCGCUAUCAAGUGCAGCUGACGUACGAGUCAGGUACCGCCCAGGAUCUUUCCAUCGAGGCGGGAGAUUUAGUACAGUUCCUAGAAGAGUCGGAGAACGGCCACUGGCUAGUCAAGAACCUUAAAACUCAGAAGACAGGACUGGUGCCACCCACUGUCCUGCAGUCCACAGCGGAGGGAGUAGACCUUUACAGUAACUCUGAUAUUUUCAGUGACCUCUGCACCGCUGCCCUCACCGAUACAGAGGAGGCAGACAGCACCGGGCCGCGUCCCGCUCAGGACAGCAGAUUUGCAUGCUGAACGUGCCGUGAUGUCUUCUCGAUUUCCAUAUCAUCAUGCGUUACAGCAUACUCGACAACAGCUCGAUAUUCUAUUCUUUGUAAUACUACACAGACAUCUGCUCUGCUGAAGGAGUAAGUGAACUGACCGAUCAGAAUGGAUUCCAGUCAUUUCUGGCCUUCUCCAGCGCUGAUGUGACAUUCUGUAUAAUUGUGAGUCAGAAAUUCAGCAUGCAGCCUUCGUUCUUUCACUCUGCUGUGCCUUAGCAGCAAUUGCAGGGGUAUUUGAAAAGAAGUAUCUGGAUCUCUGUGAACACCGGACGCUGAUAUCUGCACCAAGGAUGCUAUUUGAAAACACUGAGAGGAAGAGACUCUAGACCAUUCUGUCCUGCUGAAACUUUCACUGAAAUGCUUUUAAAGGGAUAGUUCACCCCAAAAAAUAAAAAUGUUGUUAUCAUUUACUCACCCUCAAGUUGUUCCAAACCUGUAUGAAUUUCGUUCUUCUGUCGAACACAAAAGAAGAUAUUUUGACCAUUGCUGGUAGGCAUUUUCCCCCCCAAUACUAUGAAAGACAAUGGCUACCAGAAGCUGUUUUCCCUUUAUUUUGGGUGAACUAUCCCUUUAAAUAUACUUGAUUGUUGUUUUUUUUUGUUUUUUUAUUGCUUGUUUGCUUAUGAGACUGUUGGUCAGAUCACAGCACUUUUGAAGAUUUAAUAUUGUCUAAUGUAAUGUACAUUAUUUAUACUCUCUUUUAUAUUCAGACAUGACAGUUGUAUAAGCCAUCUGUAAAGCUUCGUUCCUCUGCUGUUUGUAGAGCUGAAUAUCUUUAAUCCUCUUCAAAUAUUUGUCUCUACUUGAUAUAUUCAUCUCUAUCAUGGUCCGCUUGUACAAAAAUAAUCUCGAAAGGUAAUAAAAAUGUGGACUGUUCACUCUGGAGAUGUUUUUAAAUGUAUUUCAGAAAAUAUGAGUGUUGUAGCAUAAAUAUUCCAGCUGUACUGUAAAAGCAUCUGACACUGUUAUUUUACAGUAUUGCUCAUGAAUGUUGUCAGUUUGUGAUGAAAAGAAUACAGAAAUCAGAUGUACUGUAUCCUUCCAGCUUUGACAUGAACUGGAUGACAGAUUGACAGUGAAUGUAGUAAUGAUGCCAAAUGUUUUGUCUCAUAACCGCCAAUAUCCACUUACGAUUGUGAUUUAAAGAUGGUGUAAUUACUUUCCAAUAUCAACCCGAGUUUCUUUAUUUGUUUGUAUGUAAAUUUCUAAGCACAAAGAUUGAUAGUGA